CAAUUUGUUAAAGUCAAAAAAGUCAGAUGCCAAAACAACAUAACCUAGAAAAUUUAAUCACGUAAUUUUCGUGAAAACAAACAAGAAAUUUAAUUUCCAAGGGGUUUCCCGGAAAAAAUAAUAAUGCGAAUAAAUCCACCUAUAUUUGCCACUGCAAAACAGAGCAAUGCAAGGCGACCACAAAAAGAACCAGUUCCAUUUCAGCAACUUCUACCACUGGCACUGAAAAAGACAGUUUCAGGCAAAAGUGACAAAUUAAAAGAAUCAGCAUGCAUGCAGGAACUGGCGGUGAUGUUCGCAUGCUUUAAGAAACACGAUUUCAAUCAACAGGAGUGUUUUAAAGAGGUCACUUUGUUUCAAAAUUGUUAUGCUGAUUUCAGUAAGAAACUGGCAGUACAAAGAGAGCAAGGAAAGAAAGGUAUUUUAGUUCCCGGGGAGAAGAACUUGACGCAUAGGCAAAUGAAUCAACUGUUGAAAGCAUUUCCACCACAGAAAUAGUAUAGAAUGUUGCGUUAGAUAUAGCAUUUGUGAAUAAAUACAUGUAUAUUUAAAUACUUAGAUUAAAUAUUGUUCAUUUAACUCA